AUGGCGACCUUCGAGGCGUACGAGCGGCAGUUCAACGGCAUCGUCGACGCCUUGUCACACGGUACGCAUCACCAUAGGCCGCCACCGCUCGUCUCGUGUUUGCGCUCCUCCGCCCUGCAUGGUUCCCUGUGUUUCGCUCGUCGCUCCUCAUCGGUUUCAUCGCGUCGCGCGUCUCACUCAUCCCGACGUGGCCGUGCAGGUGCGUCCAGCGGUCGGCUGCACGAGUCGCAGCGGCGCAUCGACGACGCGGAAUCACUGGUACGUCGCCGCCGCUCCCCCCGCACCCUCUUUGAGUCCUCCAAGGCUCUCUCUUAUGUUCGCCACCUCGUUCGUCCCUCCGCUCUUCAGUCCCCACCCCGCUGCUCUCCUCCCCGCCCCGCUGCUCUCCUCCCCGCCCCGCUGCUCUCCUCCCCGCCCCGCUGCUCUCCUCCCCGCCCCGCUGCUCUCCUCCCCGCCCCGCUGCUCUCCUCCCCGCCCCACUGCUCUCCUCCCCGCCCCGCUGCUCUCCUCCCCGCCCCGCUGCUCUCCUCCCCGCCUCGCUGCUCUCCUCCCCACCCCGCUGCUCUCCUCCCCGCCUCGCUGCUCUCCUCCCCGCCCCGCUGCUCUCCUCCCCGCCCCGCUGCUCUCCUCCCCGCCCCGCUGCUCUCCUCCCCGCCCCGCUGCUCUCCUCCCCGCUCCGCUGCUCUCCUCCCCGCCCCGCUGCUCUCCUCCCCGCCCCGCUGCUCUCCUCCCCGCCCCGCUGCUCUCCUCCCCGCCCCGCUGCUCUCCUCCCCGCCCCGCUGCUCUCCUCCCCGCCCCGCUGCUCUCCUCCCCGCCCCGCUGCUCUCCUCCCCGCCCCGCUGCUCUCCUCCCCGCCCCGCUGCUCUCCUUCCCGCCGCACAUAUUCCUUCUUCCCCCCUCCUCCAGAUUCGCCAGAUGGAUCUCGAGGCGCGCUCGCUUCCCCCCACCGACCGCGCGCAUCUGCUGGCGCGCCUGCGCGCGCACAAGCUCGCGCUGCUCGCCGCCAAGAAGCGCGCCGCCGAGACGGGGGGGGAGGGGGGAGUCGUGAUGGGCGGGCAAGCAGGGGGGCAAGCGGGGUCACGAGGGGUGGGGAGAGCGGAGGAGGAGAGAACAGCGCUGCUGGAAGAUGGAAGGGACUAUGUGCCUCUAUCGGUAUGUGCCUCUAUCGGUAUGUGCCUCUAUCGGUAUGUGCCUCUAUUGGUGUGUGCCUCUAUCGGUAUGUGCCUCUAUUGGUGUGUGCCUCUAUCGGUAUGUGCCUCUAUUGGUGUGUGCCUCUAUCGGUGUGUGCCUCUAUUGGUGUGUGCCUCUAUCGGUGUGUGCCUCUAUUGGUGCAUGCCUCUAUCGGUGUGUGCCUCUAUCGGUGUGUGCCUCUAUCGGUGUGUGCCUCUAUCGGUGUGUGCCUCUAUCGGUGUGUGCCUCUAUCGGUGUGUGCCUCUAUCGUUGUGUGCCACUAUCGGUGUGUGCCUCUAUCGGUGUGUGCCUCUAUCGGUGUGUGCCUCUAUUGGUGUGUGCCUCUAUUGGUGUGUGCCUCUAUCGGUGUGUGCCUCUAUCGGUGUGUGCUUCUAUCGGUGCGUGCCUCUAUCGGUGCGUGCCUCUAUCGGUGUGUGCCUCUAUCGGUGUGUGCCUCUAUCGGUGUGUGCCUCUAUCGUUGUGUGCCACUAUCGGUGUGUGCCUCUAUCGGUGUGUGCCUCUAUCGGUGUGUGCCUCUAUUGGUGUGUGCCUCUAUCGGUGUGUGCCUCUAUUGGUGUGUGCCUCUAUCGGUGUGUGCCUCUAUUGGUGCGUGCCUCUAUCGGUGUGUGCCUCUAUCGGUGUGUGCCUCUAUCGGUGUGUGCCUCUAUCGGUGUGUGCCUCUAUCGGUGUGUGCCUCUAUUGUUGUGUGCCACUAUCGGUGUGUGCCUCUAUCGGUGUGUGCCUCUAUCGGUGUGUGCCUCUAUUGGUGUGUGCCUCUAUUGGUGCGUGCCUCUAUCGGUGUGUGCCUCCCUCUCCCCAGAGGGCAGGGACCACCAAUCCGGCGCGGCGGACCAGCGCGCGCGGCUGCUGCAGGUGACGGCGCGGGUGGAGGAGUCGUCAGCGCGCGUGGCGGAGAGCCGGCGCGCGAUGGCGGGCACGGAGCAGCUGGGCGUGGCCAUCCUGGCGGACCUGCACCAGCAGCGCCAGUCCCUGCUGCGCGCCGGCGACACGGUCAGGGGGGCCAGGCGUCUCACUCUCUCCUCUCUCACUGCUCGCACCUCUCUCACUGCUUGCACCUCUCUCACUGCUCGCACCUCUCUCACUGCUCGCACCUCUCUCACUGCUCGCACCUCUCUCACUGCUCGCACCUCUCUCACUGCUCGCACCUCUCUCACUGCUCGCACCUCUCUCACUGCUCGCACCUCUCUCACUGCUCGCACCUCUCUCACUGCUCGCACCUCUCUCACUGCUCGCGCCUCGCUUCGCGCGAGGCGCGUGCUGGGCGGCAUGGCGCACAAGCUGCACCGCAACAAGUGGAUCACCGCGCUCAUCCUCGCCCUGCUGCUGCUCGCCAUCGCUGCCGUCAUCUACCUGCGCCUGCGCCACUAG